AGGACAAAAUGCGUUUGGCAGAUAUCUCACCUGCGACAUGGAUCGCAAUCGGGCUAGGAUUACGCAUGGCUUUGCUGGGAUGGGGAACAUAUCAAGAUGCCAACGGUCCUUUGCCCUACACAGAUAUAGAUUAUCAAGUUUUCACUUCGGCUGCUUCGUACAUGUAUGAUGAUUGUCCCGUUCAAUUGAUUGCUGCUCGAGAUCCAGAAGAAGAGUAUGAGGACUUGAUCGAUCCACCUGUGGCCAAAGGAAGAUGCGCUCAAGGCUAUAUACCCGCAGCAGCACGACUGAUGAUCCAAAUGGAAAAGGAUUUCUUAACUAUGGACAAGGAUACAGAGAUUGGCCGUCAAGAAGAUCCUGUUGCCCAAGUCAUGACGGAUCUCGUGCCAACAAUUUACAAGGCAUUCAAGCCUAUCUUCCGUUUAUUGGCUGGCUUAGGGAAUCCUUACAGAAGGGAAACCUACAGAUAUACGCCUUUACUCGCUCUCCUCCUAACACCUGCAGAAGCAUUGGCUGAUAAUGGAUACUGGCCGGAUGUGGUACAAGGACUAUUUGGAAAGCUGUUGUUUGUUUUGGCAGAUAUUGUUGUCGCCCUUCUUUUGUGGGACAUCAUGGACAUUCGCAGUGAAGCUCAAUCAGCGAAUUCCAAAGCAAGCAAGAAGUAUGGCUGGUUAGUAGGUCUUUUGUGGUUGGCAAAUCCUUUUACCGCUCAAAUCUCUACCCGGGGGUCAAGUGAGAGUGUAUUGGGUGUCUUGGUUCUAGGCUUCUUAGAUGUGACGAUACGAGGCUAUCCUGAGCGAUAUCUGCCCACCAUCGCUGCAAGGCCAAAGGGCAAAAAGGCUUCCGUUGCAGGAUAUUUACCCGACCCUUCAAGAUGGAGCAACGAACGUGUAUUGGCUCCUUUGUUAUUUGCUUUGGCCAUUCAUUGGAAGCUGUACCCAAUCAUCUAUGCUGCUGCUUUGGUGCCACAUCUUAUGAGCUCAGAAUCAUUCCGAGCUGUGAUUCGGUAUGGAGCAAUUUCCGUCUAUUGCUUGGCAUUAAUUUGUGGAACUGUAUACGCUUUGUGGGGCAAGCCUUACAUUCAAGAGACAUUCUAUUAUCAUCUCAGCAGAACCGAUCACAGGCACAACUUUAGCCCGUUCUUCUUGCCAGCUUAUUUGAGCACGAAACUUCCAUCCUCGCUCACCGAAGCUGACCUAUUCCAAUCACUUCAGCCGAUCCUUGGAUUUGUUCCUCAAUUGCUCGCAACGGCAUACAUCGGCUUUUCGAUAGGAGGACAGGACCUGGUCGCCGCAUUGUCGUUCCAAACGAUGGCAUUCGUUGCGCUAAACAAGGUUUGCACAAGUCAAUACUUCAUGUGGUUCCUGUGGUUCUUACCUUUACUCGGACCUCAUCUCAGCUUUCCGGGUGGAAAAGGGGAGAUGUUUACCCUAAUUGGUGUUUGGGUAGCUGCUCAAGCUCUUUGGCUCUCACAAGCAUAUCUGCUGGAAUUUAAAGCAUUGGAUACGUUUACUCGUACAUGGCUCGCAUCUUUGGUCGUCUUGGCAGCUCAUGCAUUGUUGAUCGUACGAUUGAUUAAUGCUUGGGCAUUAGCACGUCUUCAAGCACAAACGGUAGCUGACAAGACCCCAACAAACGGAAAGCAAAAAGCGUUACCAGCUUCAAUCGAAGAAGAGAAAGAAUGAGCAUGUAUGUAUGUAUUGUUGUAUUGUACAAUUGGAUAUGCAAUGGAAUGCUAUAAGAAGAUAAU